AUGGAUUCGUCACCGGCGAAAACGAAGAUCUCGCAAUCCCGGAAGAGUCACAACAAGUCACACAAGAAGCAAGACGCAAUUGCGAAACAAUCUAACAAGAAGCAACAACAACAACAACAACAGGACGAAGAUGGUGGAUCAUGGAUCUGCAAAAACGCAUCUUGCAGAGCGAAUGUGCCCAAAGACGACUCCUUUUGCAAAAGGUGUUCUUGCUGCGUCUGCCAUAACUUCGACGAGAACAAAGACCCAAGCCUCUGGCUUGUCUGCGAGCCGGAGAAACCAGACGACGUCGAGUUCUGUGGCUUAUCGUGCCAUCUCGAAUGUGCUUUCCGAGAGAACAAAGUCGGUGUCACAGGUCUUGGGAAUCUGAUGAAGCUUGAUGGAUGUUUCUGCUGCUACUCUUGCGGCAAAGUCUCUCAGAUUCUCACAUGUUGGAAGAAGCAGCUCAUGGCAGCUAAAGAAGCUCGACGGAGAGAUGUUCUGUGUUAUAGGAUAGAGUUGAGUUAUAGACUUUUCAAUGGGACUUGUAGGUUUUGUGAGUUACAUGAGGUUGUGAAAUCUGCUAAGUCUAUGCUUGAAGAUGAAGUAGGGCCUCUUGAUGGACCUUCUGCGAGAACUGAUCGCGGCAUUGUUAGUCGUCUUCCCGUUGCAAGCGAGGUGCAAGAGCUCUGCGCUUCUGCCAUUAAAAUGGCAGAGGAUUUGCCAGCUAAUGUAGCUAAAGAUUCGAUUCCUGCUGCGUGCAGGUUUCAUUUUGAAGAUGUAGCACCUACGGAAGUGACUUUACGUCUGAUUGAGCUUCCUAGUGCUGAAGAAUGUGGUGUUAAAGGUUAUAAGUUGUGGUGUUUUAAGAAGGGAGAGGUUCCUGAGGAUGAUGAGUAUAUUGAUUGCAGUAGAACGCAGAGGAGGAUGAUGAUGUCUGACCUUGAGCCUUGCACAGAGUACACAUUCCGUGUUGUGUCUUACACGGAAGCUGGUUUAUUAGGCCAUUCUAACGCAAGGUGCUUUACCAAGAGCGUUGAGAUAUUGCAACACAACGCAUUGGAUGGUAGGAGAAAGAAGAGACUUGACUUGUUAGGAAAGGAUCAGGGUUUAGAUAGAGAGGAGAAGAGUAGCAUUUCCUCGAGUUUCCAUAUCGGUCAACUUGCAAAGUAUGUGCAGUUGGCUGAAGCUCAGGAGGAAGGCUUGCUUGAUGUGUUGUACAGAGUAGAUACUGAGAAAAGCAGUGAGCCUGAAGAAGAGUUGCCACGUCGGAGACCGCUUGGGUUUGAUCUGAAUGAAGUUUCAGUGCCGGAUUUGAAUGAGGAGUUCACUCCUCCGCUUGAUUCCUCUGGUGGUGAAGACAAUGGUGUGCCGUUAGACUCUCUUGCUGAGGCUGAUAAUGGUAACAAUAAUGAUCAUUAUGAUGAUGGAGACGAUGAUGAUGAUGCAGUGUCUAACGGUACACAGAAGAAGAAUAACGACUGCUUGGUGAGAUCAGAUGGAAGUGGUGAUGAUCCUGAGUUUGAUUUCCUCACGACCAGGAAGAGGAAAGCAGAUUCUAACAGUCAUGACGAGUCAGAGAACCAUGAAUGUGACAGUUCUCCGAUUGAUGACACUAUUGAGAAAUGUGUGAAGGUGAUUAGGUUGCUGGAGUGUGAAGGCCACAUCGAUAGAACGUUCAGGGUCAGGUUCUUGACAUGGUUCAGCCUGAGCUCGACCGCUCAGGAACAGUCCGUUGUGAGCACAUUUGUGCAGACGCUUGAGGAUGAUCCAAGCAGCCUUGCAGGACAGCUUCUUGAUGCAUUCUCUGAUGUUGUCUCCAACAAAAGGCCAAACAAUGGAUUUUGCAGCAGCAGCAGCAAGCUUUUGGAGUAA